CUCAUAAUGGCUUGUUUGUUUAUGUUUUGGAACGAGUGGUGGUGAUUUUGUUUCCUCGAAUUUCUACGCCAACAGAUAUGGGGGUGUCUUCUAUUACGUAAGCAGAACCUCUCAACCUGAGUACAAAAAUGGAUCAGCAGAUGGAGGGAGAACCAGAGAAGGUCCCAGAGUGGGCCGAAGAACCUCUGACAGAUCCAUUGGCUGACCCUUUGUCCAUUGAUGACGACUGCAGUGGAAAAGUUGAUGCGGAACACACGGAUGAACACCCAGCGGAAAAUAACGCAGGAAACACAGAAUAUCAACCUACAGAAAGAGAAGGCAUGAUGGAUGAGAUGAUCACAGUUGAUGAUGUGAGGUUCAGUGAGCGGAAUGAGUCGGACCAAGAAACCGAAGAAAGGGUCAGAAGUGAAUUCAGUGUUAACAAAUGUGAAGAUGCAACUGGUGAUGUGGAGAUGGUUAGUCAAAGUGAAAAUUUAUUUGAGAAUGAUGAUGGUGCUGCUUGUGAUAGUGUCAGAACUCCCGUAGAUGAUUCUCAGAGAGAAACAGAGGAUAAUGGUGAAAAUGUAAAUGACAGUGCAACAGUUGAUGCAACAGAGAAAAGUAGUAGCAGUCCAGAAAAUUUUAGAUACAGUAAUGAAAACAGCAAUCCAGGUAGCAAUGUUGGAAGUACCUCCAAUAAUGAGAAAACUAGCAACUUUCAUCAAAGUGAAGAAAUGAGGAGUGUUAGCAGAGGGGAAAAUAAUGAGGACAGUUUAGAUGAAAUGGAAUCUGAUAGGGAACAGCGAACGGGUGGGAGUGACGGUGGGGAUGAAGAUGAUGAAAACAAAACAAAGAGGCUGAAGGCCAAGAGACGACACAUAAGUGGGGCAGAAAUUUGUGCACCAGCUCCAAAGAUUAAGAGGAAGUGUCGGAAAGAAACAGAUGAAGAUAAAGAUAAGGAAAGCAGUAAAAGUAGUAAGAAAGAUUCCAAGAGAAAAGAGGAUGGCAGGUCAUCAGAUGAUGAAGAGUAUUCCUCUGAUGAAGACAGUGAUCCUAGGCACAGGAAGAUAAGAAGACGUAGUGGCACGUCAGGCUUGAGUGCGAAGCCCAAAGUCAAGAAUAUGCGCCGCAACAUCAGAGAUAUUAUAAGUGACGAUAAACUUGAGGAUGAUACUCUGACUGCUCAAAAGGAAGAGCAGUUGCGUCUUCAGCGACUUCAGGAGAAGAGGCUUGCAUUGAGAGAAUAUUUAGAACAACAACAGGUUGAGCGGCUAGUAGCUGAAGUAACCUCAAACCUUGAGGCUGGAGCGGAAGUCCAAGUUGGAAGUGCGCCUUCGGAUGACUCUGAUAUUGUUGUACUUUCCUCUGAAGAAGAAGCUCCUCAGAUAAAAACUGAAAUUGAUCAAGAUCUGACAGACAGUGAAAUCUUCCCUCCAGUAGAAACUCAUUUGAAAGAAUUGAGCAGUGAAGAAGACAUUAAAGAAGAAGGGGAAGAGGAAGAAGGGGAAGCAAAAUUAAUGGAAGAGGGUGAGGAGAUUGAAGGGAAAGUAAUAGUGAAAAAGGAAGAGGGGGAAGAGGAAAAGGAUAUAGACAAAUUGAAGGAAUCUGGCAGUGAAGAGAAGUCUGGAUCUGACUCUGAUGUUGUCAUACUCUCAAGUCAUUCUGAGGAUGAAGAGGAGAUAAUAGAGGACUCCACCAGCUCUGGAGCACACAUCAAUGAUGCCUUUAAUGUACCCGAUGCCCAGGGUCGAGUACUAGUGAAUGUUGGACACCCAGAAGGAGACGAAGACAUCUUUCUUGCCCCUCAGUUGGCAAGGCUUGUCAAGCCACAUCAGAUUGGAGGAAUUAGAUUCCUGUACGACAACAUCAUUGAGUCUGUGGAGCAGUUCAAGAAUUCAAAUGGUUUUGGUUGUAUCCUUGCUCAUUCUAUGGGUCUUGGAAAAACCAUUCAGGUUGUAUCAUUCUCGGACAUCUUUUUGAGACAUACUGGCUCUAAGUCAGUUUUGAUCAUUGUACCAAUCAACACCAUACAAAAUUGGGUGGCAGAAUACAACAAUUGGCUUCCAGAAGAGGGUUCCACACCGCCUGUUACUCCAGAAGGUCUAGAAGUACGGGCAAGACAAUUCAGGGUGUUUGUUCUAAAUGAUAUGUAUAAGAACCUUAAUCAAAGAGCAAGGGUGAUAAAUGAAUGGCACGAGCAAGGAGGAGUUCUUCUAAUGGGUUAUGAACUUUACCGCCAAUUGUCUCUGAAGAAACCCAAAAAGCCCAAAAAGAAAAAGAAAGAUGCUGAUAACAAGGAAGUGGUAGAUAUUGAAGAAGAGGACAAGAAUAAGGAACUUCUUGAUGAAAUCCAGAAGGCCCUUGUGAAGCCUGGGCCAGACCUUGUGAUUUGUGAUGAAGGUCACCGCAUCAAGAAUGCUCAUGCUAACAUCUCACAAGCUCUCAAAAACAUAAGAACCAAGAGAAGAGUCGUCCUGACAGGAUAUCCUCUGCAAAAUAACUUAAUGGAAUAUUGGUGUAUGGUGGACUUUGUUCGACCUAAUUAUUUAGGUACCAAAACAGAAUUCUCCAAUAUGUUUGAAAGACCUAUCCAGAAUGGUCAGUGUGUUGACUCUACACCACGAGAUAUAAAACUGAUGAGAUACCGAUCCCAUGUACUACAUUCCUUGUUAGAAGGAUUUGUACAAAGACGUGGACACACCGUCCUCGCAAAUACAUUGCCCAAGAAAGAAGAACAUGUACUACUGUGUAGAAUGACGGAAAUCCAGCGUAAGCUCUACUCAACAUUCAUGGCAGAGUUAUCUGCAUCAAAAGCAAUGGCUAACCCCUUGAAAGCCUUUGCAAUAUGUUGUAAAAUUUGGAAUCAUCCAGAUGUAUUGUACAAUUUUGUUCAGAAGAAGAUUAAUGAAGAUUUUGACCUAGACUUAGAUGAAGUUGAGGGAAAAUCAAAGUCUCGACGCACAUCUUCCAUUAAUACUCCAAAUACGUCUUUGCUAAACGUACCAUCCCAUCCAAUUCCAAGUUGGGCUGCACAAAGUGGGCAGAUGGGGCGUGGAAAUGUAAUGCCACAACAUCAUCCAGCUUCUGUAUUAGGAAUGGGUCCCCAACCUGGUAUGAAUCAACAACCAGGGAUGGGACCACAGAUGGGAAUGGGUCAGCAUGGUCCAAUGGGUCUGCAACAAGGUGGAAUGGGCUUUCAAGAUCCAAUGGGUCCUCCAGGAAUGAUGCAUCAUCAGAUGAGUCAGCUCAGAGAUAGCCAAGGUGCACUUGGUAAUUAUGGUAUGGGUAACCACAAUAUACAUCAGGGAUAUGGCAUGCAAAUGCCAUAUCCUUGGUACAACCAGGGCUAUGGUGCUAAUGAUCCAAAUAGAGGGCAUUAUCCUCCUUAUAACAAUCCUUAUGCUCCACAGUAUCCUCAGCACAACACACCAGUUAGUCAGUCAGUACCUGGAUAUCCUGGUUCUCUCAACAUGCACAAUUCAUCAAUGGGCAUGUCACUUAACAAUACUGGACAACCCAUGGGUCAUCCAAACCCUCCAGGACAGUCAAUGGGCAUUUCUAAUAAUUCUGGACAGCCAUUAAAUCUUCAAAGUUCAACAGCACAGUCCAUGGGUAUCCCAAACCCUUCUGGACAGUCAAUGGGAUUGCCAAAUCAUUCAGGACAGUCCAUGGGACUCUCAAACCAUUCAGGACAGUCUAUAGGAUCCCAUAAUCCUGCUGAACAGUCUAUGGGAAUGCCUAACUCUUCUGUGCAGUCUUUGGGCCUACCCAAUCAACAAGGACAGUCCAUGGGAGCAGAACAGCCAAUGGGACUUAAUGCAACAGGACAAUCAAUGGGAACCUCAAAUCAACCUGGACAGUCCAUGGGAGUUUCCAAUUCCUCAGGCCAAGGUAUGGUAGCUCCAAAUCCUUCAGGACAACCAAUGGGGGCUCCAAAUAAUUCGGGCCAGUCUAUGGGAGCUCCCAACCCAAACAGACAGUCGUUGGGUGUACCAAAUCCUCCAGUACAGCCUUCCAGUCAACCUGGUAAUGGUCAACUUGGAGGUCAAUCCACUCCUUAUCCCAAUGGACCAAGCAGUCAGUCUUUGGCAAAUGAACCUAGCCCAGCCACUCCUGCCACUCCUGCUACGCCAGCAACUCCAGCAACACCUGCCCCAGCCACUCCAACACCAAGCUCUGAGGAAAAACCAAAACCUGAAUCUGAAGAAGCUGAUCAAGUGCUUAUCAAAAAAGAAGAAAUCAAAGAAGAAGAAGAAGAAAAUACUGAAGAGAAAAAGGAGGAGAAAAAGGAAGAAACUAAAAAAGAAGAAAUGACUCUUGACUGGGCUGAAGGCCUAUUUAAGGAAUAUAGUCCUGGGUUGUUAACAACAUCAGCAAAAUUCCAAGUAUUCUUUCAGAUUUUGGAAGCAUGUACCAGAAUAGGCGACCGCCUCCUUGUGUUUUCCCAGUCUUUGUUUACACUCUCUCUCCUGGAAGAAUUCCUACAAAGAUCCUAUAUUCCAGGAACUUAUGAGGGUUGGCUCAGAAACAGAUCCUAUUUUAGAUUAGAUGGCAGUACAUCAGCUCAGGAUAGAGAAAAGUUGAUUAAUGAAUUUAACAUGAACCCUAAUGUUAGGCUGUUUCUUGUGUCAACAAGAGCUGGUAGUCUAGGCAUUAAUUUAGUAGGCGCAAACAGGGUUGUAGUUUUUGAUGCUUCAUUUAACCCUUGCCAUGACACUCAAGCCGUGUGUCGAGUCUACAGAUACGGCCAAAAGAAGGAGUGCCAUAUUUAUCGCCUGGUUACAGAUAACUCACUUGAGAAACGUAUUUAUGAUAGACAAGUAAAUAAACAAGGCAUAGCUGAUCGUAUUGUAGAUGAAAUGAAUCCAGAUGCCCAUUUGUCAUCUAAAGAGAUUAGCAACCUUCUUGUUGAAAAUGAAAGUGACCCAGACCCUGAGGAUUUUAGUGACAAAACUGAGAAGUACAAAGAUGCAAUUUUGCAGGAGAUAAUACUCAAGCAUGGAGAACUCUUAACCAAAUGCCCAUUUAAACAUGAAAGCUUGCUGGUUGAUCGGAAAGAUAAAAAGUUGUCCCGAGCAGAAAAGCGUUUAGCAAAGAGAUCAUAUGAAUUGGAAAAACAGGCAAAUAUCAGUUACAGUCGACCAUCAUAUGCUGCAUUCUAUCCCAAGAAUCAGCAAGGACAACAAGUAAUCAUGGGAACCAAAAUUGGAGGUGUGGUAUAUGCCAAACCAGUUGGCACUGUUAGACCAUUGCAAGCUGAAAUGGGUCAGCGUUUAGAAGGCGGAAGCUUGAUCCAUCGGCCAAAUAUUCUGUCUCGUGGAGGACAGCCAAACUUCCCAGUUGAAGCAUUAGCUAAGCAGGGAGUAUCCGUACAGCAGAUAACUGUGCCGAAAGAUGUGAGCAUCCCAACCAAUUCUGGUGAUGGGAAGCCAAUUCUUCUCAAGUCAGGCCAGUCGGUGAUGGUCAUCAAAACUCAGAAAGGCAUCUACCUGCGUCUUUCUGAUGGCAAAAUUGUUGCCAUCCGUGUUCCUCCAGGAAAUGAGGAAGCAUUUGGCUUGCCACUAAACAAAGGAAGUGUUACUAUUGUGCCAACAAUUGUAAAUGCACCGAGGCCACGCAUGCAGCAGCCAAGUGUUCGAGGUGGCGCCAGGAGAGGACGUCCUCCAAUGGCAAUGCAAUACGCUACUGGUAAUAUCAUAACAAAAGGUCAAAUGCCAGUCCGAAUUAUCAAGAAGCCAGUUAAUGUUAGUGGACGGGGUGGUAAGGCUUUCCAAACAAUUGCUAUGCCAGCAGCUUCAGGAGGAACCACACCACAAGCUCUCCUAAACAAGAGUGUUGUUAUUACUCCCGCAUCAAAAGCUAACACAUCAACAGCUAAGGCAGUGCGUAAUAUUAAACUAAAUCCAAAGGUUACAGUCACACCAACAACAAAAGUAAGUGCAGCUUUGCCAGGUUUUAGUGGCACUGGUACAGUGGCUGGUAAUACUUUGCCAAGUACUAGUGGCAUGACCAAGGUAACCAAGAGAACAACUAUGUCACAACUAGCAAGCCUACAUAGAAAUGAAAAAUUACGGAGAGCAAGUGAAGCAAAGAAGGAACAGAUGAAGGAAGCAUCAGCCCUAAUGAACAUUGAAAAUGCAGUCAAAUCAUCAGAUGAAGGAAUGGAAGAUGAAGAGGAAACAAAAAUGGAAAACACAGAGGUUUGUGAGGAUAAGGAAAAGGAUGGUAAGGAUGAUGAAAAUGAAGAAGCAGAUACUCCUGUUAACUUAAUGAGUAAGAAGGAUGAGACUGGUGAUGGGGAUUUAGGGGAAACCGGGGAAGGAGAUGGUUCUACUGAAGUUGGACCACAAGGAGGUACUAAUGUUGGCAUGGACCUCAGUCUUGGAAUGGGUUCAGCUUUACAGCAGACAACAGCAUCAUCAGGGGAGGCACACCCCUCUUCAGGAGCAGGAAACCAACAGUCAGAUCCAUCACUAACUGGAAUGUCCCAUACAGAUAAUUCUGACCUUGAUGCAAAAUUUGACUCUUCCAAUAACUCUGCUGAUUUAGACUCAUCAGAUGAAAUAUCAGCAAACCUAGCCAGUGAUCAUGGUUCACCCUCAGUACAGUCAAAUGAAGUAGUUUUAGGAACCCCUUCCAAAUCAGCAGUUGGUUUUGGAAUGCGAGAUCUGGCCAAACCUCUCUCUGGAUCUCUUUCAACCAGCCUGGAAAGCCGAACAGGUAUUGUGAAGCCACAAGUACAACAAACACCAAAUAAACCCACAGCUAGCUUGACUCCUCUGCAGUCUAUGAGCAACUUACUCCCACCAGAUGGUCCUGGACCACCUGGAACUCCAAACACAAGUCAUAAUUCAUCUAAUAUGUCUCAUUUGUCAUCAUUUUCUUCUCAGCAAGCCUUCCAUUCUUCUCAACCACUCUUCCAACCAUUUUUACAACAGCCACAACAGCAACAACAGUCACAGUCCCAGCAACAGCAGCAGCAGCAGCAGCAGCAGCAGCAGCAACAACAGCAAACAAGCAGUGCUGGAAGUAGCAAUACUAGCAGCAAUAGCAGCUGGACAAAAAGUACCAUGGAAGCUGUAUCAAGUGCAAGCCUUGGCAGUAAUGUUGCUCAAGUGGCACCACAUGUCCAUCAAGCAGGCCCGUCACCCUCAAACACAUAUACAACAACACAAUCUUCUUUCUUGCCCUCAACUACACAUGCCCUAUACAGUAGUAGUGGAGGGACAUAUGGAACAGGAACAAUGUCUGGAGUUGGUAGUACUUCAACUACCCAGCAAAGCAGCAGUUCCAGUACCUUUCCAACCAUGUCAGAGAGUUCACAGCUCCCUCAGCAGCAACAGCAGCAACAGCAACAGCAGUCGCAGCAAAUUCAGCAGUCACAACAGAGUUCUCUAAGUUCAUCUUUAACUCAUACAGGAAGUGGUUUAGUUCCAACUUCACGUAGCAGUGGUCUUGGAGGAGCUGACAGUCCCUUAAGUUUGUCCCACUUGCUAAAUUCUCAAGUUUUUGAUUCUGUGCCAGAAGAUCUAAGCUCCCCUCAUAGCCAUGCUUCUGCACUGGACUACCUCAAUUAUACAUUGUCAACAGGCACUAGUGCCUUCCGUCGGCCGGAUUACCAAGCCACUCUUAGCCCAGAUUUGCAGUCUUUAAUCAAUUCUGCAACAACUCAGCAACCACUCGCUACGGCUCUGCCUAGUGCAGCCCAUGUGGCUUCAAACCCUUCUGUAACCUCUCCAUCUCCCUUCCCAACUUAUCAACCACCUACCUAUCCACAGUAUGCUCCAUCUUACCGUGCUGGAACUUCAGUGUCAGCCAGCCCUUAUGCUGCUUAUGCUGGGCAGUAUCCUCCAUAUCCAACUCAGUACCCUCCUGGUCUAGCACCCCAUGCUGGAGCUGCUGCCCAACCUCCAACCAUGAGUCAGUAUGGGGCUCUCCAUACCCCGCCUAAUCCCUACCAAACAUACCCAGCACCUCCAACACCUGGCAGAUCACCGUACUCCUCUAGCUUAGGAGGCUUCAGUCAUGGGCCCUAUCCCCCGAUGUGAGACCUUUCGAAUCCAAAGAAACUGUAGAUAGAUUUGGAAGGUGGAUAUAAAGUACCCAUUGUGUAGGUUGAGAAAGAUAUAGUUAUAAUGUAAUGAAAGUGUAAGUUUUAUAUAUUUUAAGUGGCUUUAUAUCAACCCCACUAAUGAGGACAAAUCUCACUAAUCUACUGAAAGCAUAAGCAACAUGCAACAGACAAAAGUUUGGCAAGACAUGGGACCAGGUUCCCCCAUUCCACUUUGUGAUGAUAAAAAGUUUUUUUUAACAUGAUGGCUGAGAAAAAUAGUCUGUAGAAGAGAGUAUGGGAGGAAGUGAUCAGCACCUCUCCUCCCAUUGUACUUUUCAUCAAUAGGUAAAAAAAUAGGGGAUACUAAGCCAUAGGCAAUAUUUGAGGAAGCUACAAUUUCCUUCAUGUUGUGAAUAUGACAGUUUACUGAAGGCAAGCACGUAGUUGAUGAUCUCAUCACGUGUGAAACGCUCUUGGCAUGAAAGUGUUAUGCUCUGUGUAUGUCUGAAAGCCUUAACACUUGCCUGGAGAGGACUUUAGUAUGGUUAUUUUAUCUAGCAUCACUGGAAAACAUUUACUGUUUGUCUAUUGCAAUAUGCACCAUUGUGAUGGGGUAGUGUUGAUCAUUUGAGCACAAAGCCCUGUGAAUUAAUGUAUGACAAAUGUGAAUGAAUUUUUGUGCUGCUUUAAAAUUUUAAUUGUCUCCAGAUCAUGGUGAUGUACAUAACAAAUUUCUCUUGUAAUGUUGUGAAAGGAAUUUUUUGACUUUCAAUAACAAUUCAAAGUCAGCCAAUGAACACAUUUAUUUGAGCAUUGCAACCCACAUUUUUAUAUUUAUUUUGCUGUAAUAUUUAUAGGUUCUGAAUGUGAACAUGCAAGUAGACGAUAGACUAUUUCUCCUAUUUUCUUGAUACGCUUACCUUGUAACAGUAUUUAUUGUACUAUGUACAUAAUAAAAAUGUCUUCAUAA